CGUACAUGUCAGACAUGUACAUGUACAUGUACAUGUACGUACGGUGGAUGUAGGAACUGGAUCCAGGAUUGGAAUGCAUUGUGAAAUAAUUCGGUCUGAGUCACACGUUAAUUUCAGAAGCAUAUAUAAAGGAGAUGACUCUAGUCCAUGCAAAUAAAGCAAGCUUCCUUCGUUUGGAAGUGCAUCUGUUAGUGUUACAACUGUGUGUUUUCCUACCUCCUUGUGCGAAUUUGCAGGCAACUUAAGUAACGACCAACUCGAACUCCAUCGUCCCACGUACUAGGUGAUUCAGAACUGUCGAUGAUCCGGAACUGUCGCACUGACUGUAUAGUGAGACAACAUUCUGUCAACAUUUUUUCUAAGCUCCGGUUGUUCAUGCAUGUGUGACCAUCAUGGGCAAGGCAUUUUCAUCAGUUCUACCAAGAAAACUUUGGGGCAAAGAAAAAGUGAACGAUGGCAAGUUGACCUUGACCCCUGACCCCAACAACAAGUUACAGGAUCAGAUUUUAGGCACAAUCUACGGCAACUGCAUUGGGGACGCCAUCGGCCUGAUGACGGAGUUUCUCAGCAAAGAACAGGCCCAGAAGUAUUACGGUGGAAAGCACCUUGAAUACCCAAUGAAAGAAAUCGCUGCCACGUACUACAUGCAUCAGAUGGUCUUUCCGGAAGCUGAUUGGACGGACGACAGCGAUCAGAUGAUCUUGAUCCUCCAAUCACUGAUGGACAAAGAUGGAAAGGCGGACGCCUUGGAUUUCUCGGUCAAACUGCUGAACUGGAGGGAGCACGGCUUUGCUGAACUCGGAGAUCCGUGUGGCAUGGGGCUGGGCCAAACUACACUCAAGGUGCUGAGCCACAAAGACUACAAGACAGACCCGCAUCAGGCAGCGCUAAAUGUUUGGGAGGCGAGUAAACGAUAUUUAGCGCCCAACGGCGGAGUCAUGAGAACGUCCGUCGCAGGAAUCCACAGAUACGACGACAUCAACCAAGUCAUCAGCAACACCAAGGUCUUCUGUAAAGUCACCCACGCAGACCCAAGAUGUAUUGCAUCCUGUGUUGCCGUGACAACGGCCAUCUCCAUGAUGUUGCGAGGAUUACACAAGAUGCCUGACGGCCAUUACGAUGUCACAAGCCUCACCGAGGCAUCUUUCAAUUACGCCAAGGAGUGUCUGUUGCGGGACGAAGAGGGAAAUUUGGAUGCAGAACAGGUCAAGGAAUUGAAGUUUCACAUGAACGCCUCGUUAGACGAACUUGAGCUGGCCGACAGAAAGAAGAUUGGUUACACCUUCAAGUGCCUUGGCGCUGGGUUCUGGGCCCUCAGACAGAAGAAGUUCAGAGAUGCUAUUGAGGCAAUAACACUGGAGGGUGGCGAUGCAGACACCAAUGGGGCGGUUGCAGGAGCUCUACUCGGCUGCAAACUGGGAUAUCGCAACCUGCCUCCAUCUUGGAAGGAUGACCUCAAACACAAGAAGUGGCUGGAUGAUAUCAUUGCAAGGUAUUUGAAGAUGGACAUCAUGACAGAGAGCUGUGGUACUCCUGUUGACGGGCCUGAAGGGGGACUAAGACUCACCAGCGGGACGAAGGACAACACAGAGAAAGCAACUCCUCCAGAGACUACAGGAAAUAACAACUCUACAACCGCCCAUGCUGCUGACAACGUGACCCCUGAACCAGCCACAGAGGUCAAAGUUCAAAAUGUGACCUCAAACACUUCAGACAAACCUACUGACGACGUUAGCUUUACCAAUGAUUCUGAAGAUUUGGUUCCACACAAAUCUGAUGACCCCAAUAGGUCGGAGGUCGAACCUGCUGAUGUUUCCCUCGAGGUCACGGGUCAAAAUGAGUCCAGAGGUCAAGAUGACUCAUUAGCUGGUGACAGCAGUACUGAGGUCACAAGGAUUGGUGAAUCUUCUGGAGAGCGUCCUUCAAACUCUAGCUGAAGAUCCUUCUGUCGGUCAGUGAGGCGAGAUCAAGAAAGUGGAGAAUUUGAUGAAAUGGCCAAAAUCACACACUGAUCGUGUCAUGCGGCCAAACUCGAUCACAGAAUCUUGAUUUGUACAGAGAACAUUUUCUAAGUAAAGAAAUUUGGAUAAUAUAGAGAAUAUUUGCUAUU